AUGCAUUCUACUCUCCGGGUCCCUGUCGCGGCAUUGCUGUCCGCCGCCUCGGUUGCGGCAGCAGCCUCCCUCAGCGACAUCUGCACAGACAGUUACGCCCAGGCAGCUCUGCCCUUAGAUGCCAUUGACGGUGUUACUAUUGACAGCUCCUCCGUGACCACGAGCCUCGUCAGCAACUUCACUGCGGAGUCGAUUUUCUACCCCACCGGCACGUUCGACUACUGCAACCUCACCUUUGCCUACUCCCACAAUGGCAUUGACGGGGAUGUGGUCCAUGUCCAGUACUGGCUCCCCGACCCGUCCAGCUUCAAGAACAGAUACGUCUCCACUGGCGGUGGUGGCUGGGCGAUCAACUCGGGAACCAACUCCAUCCCGACUGGUAUCAUCGCUGGAGGUGUCGGUGGUAUGACCGAUGGAGGGUUCGGCAACUUUGAUACUCAGUUCAGCUCGGCCGCUCUUUUGGCCAACGGAACCAUCAAUUGGCAGGCCACCUACAUGUUCGGCUACCAAGCGCACAACGAGCUGGCCACUUUCGGCAAGGCGCUCACUCGCAACCUGUACAACGUCUCCUCGGACGAGAAGGUCUACUCAUACUACCAGGGCUGCUCGGAAGGCGGCCGCGAGGGAUGGAGUCAGGCCCAGCGGUUCCCCGAGCAGUUCGACGGCGUGGUGGCCAUGGCGCCAGCUUUCCGGUGGGCGCAGCAGCAGGUCAACCAUCUGACAGGCAACGUCAUGGAGCAGACGCUCGACUACUACCCGUCGAUCUGCGAGAUGGAGAAGAUCAUGAACUUGACCAUCGAAAGCUGCGAUCCCCUGGACGGCAAGUCGGACGGGAUUGUCUCGCGCUCGGAUCUCUGCCUGAAGAACCUGGACUGGAGCACGAUUGAGGGCGCCUCGUACUCGUGUGCCGCCGUCGAGGGGUCUUCCUACAGCUCCGCCACGCCUGCCGUCUCGGGCACAGUCUCCGCCGAGGCGGUCGAGCUGACCAAGCUGUACUGGAAGGGCCUGUUCGACUCGGAGGGCAAGCGUGUCUACUUUAGCUACCAGCCGGGCGCGUACUUUACCGAUCUGGAGACGCAGUACAGCAGCACCGACGACGCCUGGGAGCUGGACAUCAGCGGUCUGGGCGGCAUCUGGGUGGCCCAGUUCAUUGACUAUAUCAAGGAUGCCGAGAACAUCGACAGCCUCGCCAACGUCACCUACGACACCCUGCGCGACUGGAUGGUUUUCUCCCAGGCCAAGUACGACGACAUCCUCCAGACCACCUACCCGGAUCUCAGCGCCUUCCAGGCCGCCGGCAGCAAGGUCUUGCAUGCCCACGGCGAGCAGGACUUCUCCAUCCCCACCGCCGCCUCGGUCCGUUACUGGGACUCGGUGCGGUCGGUCAUGUUCCCGGACAAGUCCUACCGCGAGGGAGCCGCCGCCGUGGACGACUUCUACCGUCUCUUCCUCAUCCCGGGCGUCGCCCACUGUGAGGUCAACUCCUAUGAGCCCAACGCUCCCUGGCCGCAGACAACGCUGCAGACGGUGAUCGACUGGGUUGAGGACGGCACCGCCCCGGACACCCUCCAGGGAUCGGGCGAUAUUCCCACCAUCUGCCGCUGGCCCUUCCGCCCGCUCUGGACCGACAACGGCGAGAGCUUCGAGUGUAUCUAUGAUCAGGAGUCUAUCGACAGCUUCACCUAUGAUCUCGAGGCUUUCCAGCUUCCUGUCUACUAG